GUAAAGAUUGCAUGGUUGCUUUUGUGCUCGUACACCACUAAACCAUCGAUCCCUUUGGAUGAUUCAACUACCCUAUUUUAAUCUUUGUGAAAAGGAGCCCCAGCCAGGCAGCCAGCAACCUUUACACCGAUUCCUCUGUUCUUCAUCUCCUUCCAUGGAUACAGGGACAGAGAAUUGGGAGGAGGAGAGGAGGGGUCCAAAAGUUGACACGAGAAAAAGAGCAUGCUUAACCAAACCCCACACGGCCACACCCUCUCCUCUUGAAGACUUGAAUAGUCCAGUCCAAUUUCCAAUCCAUUUCUUGCAGCAAUCAGCAGUUGAGCGCUAGAAUCCCUUUCAUUCUCCCCUCCUUGGGCCCUGCCGCCUUGGUCUCAGUUCCUUUUAACACUUUAAUAAGUCUCUAGCGAAAAAGAGAAGGGGCAGCUAGAGACGAAGGGGAUCCACUUCACUCUCGACUCUACUCACUCUCGUAUCUUCUUCUCCCAGCUCCAUCUUGAGGUCAGUUUUGGUGAACCACCAGCUCCAACCAAUCCAAUCAAGAACAUUGCUAAAACCCCUGCUUCUUCACUCUCCAUGCUACCGCAUGCCAUUGCCACCGCAUCAUCACCACCAUCUCAACUCCAUGGCCGGCAUCUUAACAUCUCGCCGCAGCCCCAGUAUCUCAUUGCUGCUCCUGCUUGCACUGCUAGCCAGCUUCCAGGCGGCGUCGGCGGCGCUUAACCAGGACGGCGCGCUGCUCCUGGCCUUCAAGUCCUCCCUCCUCGCCGACCCGCUCGGCUCCCUCGCCGGCUGGGGCGCCUCCGCCGCCGAUGCCACGCCCUGCGGCUGGAACGGCAUCGUCUGCAACUCCGACCAGCGGGUGGCCGGCGUCAUCCUCCCCAACGAGCAGCUGGUGGGGCCCGUCUCGCGGGACCUGGCCCAGCUGGAGCACCUCCGCCACCUCGACCUCUCCGGCAACGCGCUCAACGGCACCGUCCCCGCCGACCUCCUCCUCCGCGCGCCGGAGCUCCGCGUUCUCUCGCUCGCCGGGAACGGCAUCACGGGCGCCCUCCCCGACCAGCCCUUCUCCUCCGGCUCCGGCAGCAGCAGCCUCCGCGCACUCAACCUCGCCGGGAACGCGCUCUCAGGCCCCAUACCGGGGAACCUCCUCGCGUCGCUCCGCAACCUCACCGCCGUCUCCCUCGCCAGCAACUUCUUCUCCGGCGCGCUCCCGGGCGGCGGGCUCCCGCCCGCGCUGCAGGUGUUCGACGCAAGUUCCAACCUGCUCAACGGCACGCUCCCGGCCGACCUGGGCGGCCCCGCGCUGCGGUACCUCAACCUCUCCUCCAACCGUCUCGCGGGGACCAUACCGUCGGCGGUGGCGCCGCGCCUGCCGGGCAACGUCAGCAUCGACCUCUCCAACAACAACCUCACGGGCGCCAUCCCGGCGGUGCCGCCGUUCUCGGCACAGAGGGCGGCCGCGUUCGCGGGCAACGCCGGGCUCUGCGGGAGGCCGUUAGAUACCCUCUGCUCCGAUGCUGCUUCCGUGAUGCCGUUCCCGAACGGGACGGCCACGACCAAGUCGCCGCCGGCCAUCGCGGCGAUACCCAACGACCCGACCGACGGCGGUGGAGCAGCGGCGUCAUCAGGAGGACAAGGAGGGUCCAGGAUGAAGCUGGCUACUAUCCUGGCCAUUGCCACGGGCGACGUGGCCGGCAUCGCCGUCGUGUUCGUGGUGUUCUUCUACGUGUACCAGGCGAGGAAGAGAAGGCAGGAGCGGGCAGCUGCUGCGGCGGUGGUGUUCAAGAAGGCUGAGCCGGAGGAGUCGCCUGACGUGGGCCGGAGCCUGUCGUGCUGCCCGCGGAAGAAGGCCGGCGACGAGAGCGACAGCACGGAGGAGGAGGAGGUCACGGACACGUCAGCAUCACCAUCCUUGGCGGCGGCCAAGGAAGAAGCGGCCAAGAAGGAGAGGUCGGUGCUGGUGACGGUUGACGGGGAGCAGCUGGAGCUGGAGACGCUGCUCAAGGCGUCGGCGUACAUCCUGGGCGCGUCGGGGGAGCACAGCAUCGUGUACAAGGCGGUGCUGGCCGGCGGCAGCGGCGGCGCGCUGGCGGUGCGCAGGAUCGACGGCGCCGGGCUGGCCGCGAAGAAGAUGCGGUUCGGGGAGCUGGAGGCCCAGAUGCGCGGCAUCGCCAGGCUCCGGCACCGCAACAUCCUCCGCCUCAGGGGCUUCUGCUGGGGCCCCGACGAGCUGCUCCUCAUCCACGACCUCGCCGCCAAUGGCAGCCUCCAGAUGCUCGACGUGGCAGGGAAGAAGCUCGGGUGGGGCGCGCGGCUGCGGGUGGCGCGCGGCGUGGCGAGGGGCCUGGCGUACCUCCACGACGGCAAGUGCGUGCACGGCAGCGUCAGGCCCAGCAACAUCCUCCUCGACGCCCACAUGGAGCCGCUGCUCGCCGACCUGGGCGUCCACCGCCUGCUCGUCCGCCCCGCCGGGCCUAAGCGGUCCGCCAGGAGCCUCCCGGACGCGGGGCCUUCCGCCGAGGUCGACGCGGCGGCGCGGUACCGGGCGCCGGAGGCAGCGGCGGCGGCGGCGGGGAAGAAGGCGAGCGCCAAGUGGGACGUGUACGCGUUCGGCGUGCUGCUGCUGGAGCUGGCGGCCGGGCGCGCGCUGAGCGCCGUGGAGCUCUGCCAGUGGAGCUCGGCGGCGGCCGGGGCCGGGGAGCAGCAGAAAGGGAUGCUGGUGCUGGCCGACCCGGCGCUGCGUGGGGAGAUGGAAGGGAGGGAGGAGGCGCUGGCGAGCUGCCUCAGGCUCGGCUUCUCCUGCUGCGCCAUGCCGCCCGGCAAGAGGCCCGCCAUCAAAGACGCGCUCCAGGCAAUCGACAGGAUACCGUCUCCUUCAACCUCCGCCCCCUCCUGAUUCAUUGUUUUGAUCAUCGCUUCUCCUCUUCUGAAUUCUGCUGCUUUGCCUGUUGAUCUACGUGUCCUUUUUUCUUUUUCUUCCAGUAGCUUGUUUUUGUACCAUGAUUUUGUUUUUCUGGUCCAAUUGCUGAAAGGAAUUGGAGCGUGCUUGUGCAUCUACGCAAAUGACUCACACCAACAUCUAGGAAGCAUUCAUUUGCCAUCAUCAUUAAGGUCAUUCUACUCAAA